UCGCCGCCCGCCCCUCGCACUACGGGUCCCGGCUGGGGCCGCCCCGGUGGCGGGGACGCGGCCGCCCCCGGCCCCGCCCUCGCCCCGGCGCUCCGGCCCAAGAUGGCGGCGCUGAGCAGCGGCGGCAGCGCCGAGGGGGCCUCGCUCUUCAACGGGGACAUGGAGCCCGAGCCACCCGCGCUCGGUGCCGGCUACGCGGGGGGCGGCAGCGGGGACGCAGUCAUCCCGGAGGAGGUGUGGAACAUCAAACAGAUGAUUAAAUUAACACAAGAACAUAUAGAAGCACUGCUAGACAAAUUUGGAGGAGAGCAUAACCCACCUUCAAUAUAUUUAGAGGCCUAUGAAGAGUACACCAGCAAGCUUGAUGCUCUACAGCAGAGAGAACAGCAGUUACUGGAAUCCAUGGGGAAUGGAACUGAUUUCUCUGUCUCCAGUUCAGCUUCAACAGACACAGUUGCUUCAUCUUCUUCCUCAAGCCUCUCUGUAGCACCUUCAUCCCUUUCAGUUUAUCAAAACCCUGCUGAUAUGUCACGGAAUAACCCUAAGUCUCCACAGAAGCCUAUUGUUAGAGUCUUCCUGCCCAACAAGCAAAGGACUGUGGUUCCAGCAAGAUGUGGAGUGACAGUCCGAGACAGCCUAAAAAAAGCACUGAUGAUGAGAGGUCUUGUUCCGGAAUGCUGUGCUGUUUACAGAAUACAAGAUAGAGAGAAGAAGCCAAUUGGCUGGGACACAGACAUUUCCUGGCUCACGGGAGAGGAGUUACAUGUGGAAGUUUUGGAGAAUGUGCCACUCACGACACACAAUUUCGUACGAAAAACGUUCUUCACGUUAGCGUUCUGUGAUUUCUGUCGGAAGCUGCUUUUCCAGGGAUUCCGCUGCCAGACCUGUGGCUACAAAUUUCACCAGCGCUGUAGUACAGAAGUGCCACUGAUGUGUGUUAAUUAUGACCAACUUGAUUUGCUGUUUGUCUCCAAGUUCUUUGAACAUCACCCCAUACCACCAGAGGAGGCCUCCUUAGGAGAAACCACCCCAGCAUCUGGAUCAUACCCCUCAAUGCCCCCCUCAGAUUCUGUUGGAAAAGGUUUGGUAUCUUUAAAUCAGAAUUGGAAAACUCUCAGUCCGUACAACAGACCACCAAUUCUCCCUAGUCCUUCUCCUUCAAAAUCCAUUCCAAUCCCACAGCCCCUCCGACCAGCAGAUGAAGACCAUCGGAAUCAAUUUGGGCAACGCGACCGAUCCUCUUCAGCUCCCAACGUCCACAUCAAUACAAUCGAGCCAGUUAAUAUUGAUGACUUGAUUAGAGAUCAGAGUUUACGAGGAGAGGGAGGCUCAGCUGCAGGCUUGUCUGCAACACCUCCUGCUUCUUUGCCUGGGUCACUAACCAAUGUGAAAGCAUUACAGAAAUCACCAGGACCCCAACGGGAAAGGAAAUCGUCCUCAUCCUCAGAAGACAGAAAUCGAAUGAAAACUCUUGGUCGACGGGAUUCAAGUGAUGAUUGGGAGAUACCAGAUGGACAGAUCACAGUUGGACAAAGGAUAGGAUCUGGAUCAUUUGGAACAGUCUACAAAGGAAAGUGGCAUGGUGAUGUGGCAGUGAAAAUGUUGAAUGUUACAGCACCCACACCUCAACAGUUACAGGCUUUCAAAAAUGAAGUAGGAGUGCUCAGGAAAACACGACAUGUGAAUAUCCUGCUUUUCAUGGGUUAUUCAACAAAACCCCAGUUAGCUAUUGUUACACAGUGGUGUGAAGGGUCCAGUUUGUAUCACCAUCUACACAUCAUUGAGACCAAAUUUGAAAUGAUCAAGCUAAUUGAUAUUGCACGACAGACUGCACAAGGCAUGGAUUAUUUGCAUGCCAAGUCAAUCAUCCACAGAGACCUCAAGAGUAAUAAUAUUUUUCUUCAUGAAGACCUUACAGUAAAAAUAGGUGAUUUUGGUCUAGCUACAGUGAAAUCACGAUGGAGUGGAUCCCAACAGUUUGAACAGUUGUCUGGUUCCAUUCUAUGGAUGGCACCAGAAGUUAUUAGGAUGCAGGAUAAAAACCCAUAUAGUUUUCAGUCGGAUGUGUAUGCAUUUGGGAUUGUUCUCUAUGAAUUGAUGACUGGACAGUUGCCAUACUCCAACAUCAACAACAGGGACCAGAUAAUUUUCAUGGUGGGACGAGGAUACCUAUCUCCAGACCUCAGCAAAGCACGGAGCAACUGUCCCAAAGCUAUGAAGAGACUAAUGGCAGAAUGCUUAAAAAAGAAAAGAGAUGAGAGACCCCUUUUUCCACAGAUUCUUGCCUCCAUUGAGCUUCUGGCCCGGUCAUUGCCAAAAAUUCACCGCAGUGCAUCUGAGCCCUCGUUGAACCGGGCUGGCUUCCAGACAGAGGAUUUUAGUCUAUAUGCUUGUGCUUCUCCAAAAACACCCAUCCAAGCAGGGGGAUAUGGAGUUUUUCUGGAUGUCUUGCAUGCCAUCAGAACCAGUCUUAAAUAUGCUGUGUAGAUAUUUAGUGAAUGGGGAAACAAGAAUAGAAGAUGAGUGCUCUCUGUAGCAGUGGGAUGAAGGAAGUAAACUGAAAUGACCAAUACAUUCAUGCCUGCUACCCUAAAUUUUUUAAACUCCUUUGUGGUGUCCCAACCACAGGCACAUGCCAUAGUAUGCAAAUGUGAGUACAUCCUUCGUGUGCACAUGUUGGGACAAACACCUAGAGAGUCAUACUGCUUCUUUUAGCUCUGUAGUAUCUAGUAUUUUGUAAUCAUUUGCAAAAGUACCAGUAUCCAAUACCAGCUGUUUAUGUCUUUAUCAACCAGGCACAGACCUUCCCCUCUGCCUUUCCUUCUCCAUACAGGUGACAGAGGCCUGUUACCUGCUACACCUUCCUGCUCAGUAUAUGAUUGUUUCCCCUGGCAUAUUUGCCAGAACUGCAGCAUUGUGGUGGAGCUCAAACCAAAUGGCAGGAAUAUAGAGGCCAGGUUACUUUGAAAGUAAUUUCUGUGUCAGUUAAGCCCUACAUAGCCCCGGAUACAGUUAGCCCAGUCAUUUCUUUUUUCCUUUGUGAACUCAUGCAGGUCAUUAAAUGAAUCCACUUCUGCUUUUUAUGCUUACCCAAAAUCAUCUUUUCUUGUACUUGAAUGCUCCAGCAGCUGAUGAUGAUGCAGAAUGUUUGAGAACAAACACUAUCAUUUUACCAUGAUGUCUUAGCAUCAUUUGGAUUAGUAUGUGCUCACUAGAGGCAGAGCUUGGCCUUUGUGACACAAAAUGUGUGAAAUUCUGAUUGUUGAUAAAUACCAUGUCUUUCCAUAAAUGCCCAAACUGGGGGAAAGGUACCCUGAAGAUCAUACAUAAAUAGUUUUUCUUCUGUGUUUGCCUGGUGGUGUAAAUGCAUCCAGCAUUUUACAGAAGGCUGAGAGAAGCCCGAUCCACAGACACCUCACAAACAAGAAUGAAUUGAAGCUUUGAUGUCUGGAGGGGCUAAAUUUAGGGAAGAAGCAUGUAGACAUUUCACACUUUUGCAGUCUCUAGAUUUCAUUCCCUUCUUGACUGUGAGUGCAGCGUGUGUAGCACAAACUCUUCAUAGUACUGUAGACAAUGUGUCUUCUCUUGAUAAAAUGUAUCACCAGUAGCACAAUGGGACAGGCAAAGCUUCUAGGUACAGUCAAGUUAAAAAAGUUAAAAAGCAGCUGCAUGAGUGGACCCUUAGGGCACCACUCUGGAGGUGCUGGGUGUUCUGGUUUUCUGUGAUGCAUUUUAUGUAGAAGUUUAUGAAACAAACUUUGUUUACUGCAGCCUUGUUACUGUGCAUUUGCACUUGGUGUUUGUUUUGGCAUGCAUUUGAAAGACCUGUCUUCACUGCUUUAUUACUUCGUUCCAGUUUCAUACCCACCAUAUGAAGUUUGGCCAGGGCAAGUACUGGAUUCUGUACCUGGGGUGGAUAACCCUGGUUGUGUGUAUAGACUGGGGGAUGAGAGGCUGAAGAGCACAAAGGGACCUGGGGGUCCUCGUCAAUGGCAAGUUGAACAUGAGCCAGCAGUGCCCUGGCAGCCAGGAGGGACAUUCCUGUCCUGGAGGCAUCUGGGCUGGGGCGGCCUCACCUCGAGUGCUGGGGGCAGUUUUGGGUGCCACAGUGUAAGAUUAUUGCUAUUAGACUAUUACUAAUAAACUAUUAGAGAGUGUCCAGAGGAGGGCCACGAGGAUGAUGGAGGGGAAGCUGUAUGAGGAGCAACUGAGAUCUCUUGGUGAGCUCCUCAGCCUGGAGGAGACUGAGGGGAAACCUCACUGCAGUUACAACUUCCUCUUGAGGAGAAGAGAUGGGGCAGGCACUGAUCUCUUUUCUGUGGUGACCAAUGACAGAACCCAAGGGAAUAGCCUGAAGUUGUAUCAGGGCAUGUUUAGGUUGGAUAUCAGGAAAAGGUUUUUCAUCCAGGGGGUGGUCAGACACUGGAACAGGCUAACCAGGGCAGUGGUCACAGCACCAAGCCUGACAGAGUUCAAGAAGCAUUUGGAAAAUGCUCUCAGGCACAUGGGGUGAUUCUUGGGGUGUCCUGUGCAGGGCCAGGAGUUGGGUUUUGAUGACUCUUGUGGGUCCCUUCCAACUCGGCAUAUUCUAUGAUGCUGUGAUUCUUACCUAAUAAACUAUCAGAAGAGCAGAGCCAGAUCGUUAAAAUGAAAAAGUUUGCAUUUAAGUUUCAAGGAUGCUAACACAAGAAGCUGCUAAGUCAGCACCAUGAUGGCAGUAACUAUGAACCUGUGGAAGGAGGAAGCUUUAAAAGCUGCAGUAUACAGACUACACCAAGAAUGAAUUCAGAUGCAAACUAACUUCUCUCUUUUGUUUAGAAAAGAGAGCUACCAAGACCCUCUGUUCAAUGGUUUACAUAGGGAUCCCCCAGAACAGUUUUUGUAGUUUGCCAAAUGAUCAUGUGCCUUUGCAACCUUAAAAAGUACAACAGAAUGUAAACCAGGUGCUUUGUAACUAGAGCAGUGUCUUUGGUUUACAUCUGCUGCAGUAGUUUUGUAUAUAGCUAUCCCUGUAGGUAGGUAGUUUGGAGUUGGUCAGCUCCUGUAAAGGAUCAAGGAGAGCAGAGAGCAUUCCCCAAAAUACCCGUUAGCAUUUCAAAGCUAAGGAUUUAAGGAUACCGAAUUUAGUUACAGUAAACCUGCUGCUUGAAAUCUGCUCUAUCAAGAGGUAAUGAGGUUCAUUUAACUUAAAAACAAGUAAGGCCUCCUUCCCUUCCAAAGACACAGAGAUCUUGUUAAAGAAAGCUCCAAAGAGGCCUGAGGUUACACUCUUAUGGAAUCUUGGAAGGAGAUGGUAGAUACAGAAUGAGAGCUAGAUGAGGAGAAACUGGUGGUUAGCAUUCAUAUAAUCAAGGUUCACAUAGAUCAUACAAUUAGUUCCUUGUCCCAGACAAUGCACUAAGUUUUGUUUCUGGAAUGUGAGCAGGUUUCCUCACUGAUUCCCCGGGCCUCUUGCAGUUGCUGUUCAGUGAUCACAUCCCGUUAUUGCACAUGAAAUUGGGUUUUAUUUAUUGCACUGUGGGAGAUGGUAGGUGUCUUGUCAGCUGAGGGACAACCAGGAGGUGUGAAUUUGAUUUGUUCAAAUUUCCAAUUGGUUAUGUAGACUUCUGGCAGUACCUACAUAUCAGUGUCAUAUUUAACCUACUUGUCCAUGAAGGACAAAAUAAUGGGUUUAGAUAUUAAUGCGUUUUCAGAUCUUUUCCUUUUGUUCCUUGGGGCAGGACUUUUGGCAUAAUUGUACCUUACGAAGUUAUGUCUAAAUGCAUGCUUCAUAUGAGAUAUCAGACCAAUUUUAAUUUGGAUUUGUUCCUUUCAGAAAACAAAGUGUAAAAAUGUUCUACUUAUAUUCCAGGAACUAUCUGGAAUCCUUCUACCUUCCCCAAAUUCUGCACUAAAAGUACAUGUGAUGGUUAUUUUGUCUCUAUUUUUUUUUUUUUUGGAGGGGGGAGGUGUUUUUUAGGUUUUGAGGGUUUUUUGUGGGUUUGGGGUUUUUAUUUUGUUUUGGUUUUUUGUUUAGGAGCUUCUAAACUACCUAGAAUUUGCUUCAUAGCAUCCAGCAGCAGUGUGUUCAGCUCACCCAGCCUCCUCAAGGGCCAACAGUGGCCUGUUCGGCCGUUUUGUCUAGUUUGUCAUGUUUGCAGCAGCUGUACUUUAGAAUAAGCCUUGUGUGACAUUUACUUUUGAGCAAGUAAACCACAAAAAUAACUUUUUUUGUUGUUUAUUUGGGUUUGGAAGAUGAUCAGGUUUUGUUUUGAUAAGUGUCAUUCUGUGUUGCAUAUGUGUAUUCACCCUUGUUGAAGAGAAAAUCCAUCUGUGCGUUUUGGGAGUUCAGUGGAAUAUUAGGAGAAGAAAUGAAGCCCAUCAUCUGAGCAUGGAUGUUGGAUCUAGGGGGGAAAAUGGACCAAACUUGGGUGUUGGGUUAUUUGGGGAUGAUGGGGGGUUGUGAGGGCAUAAUUUAAAUUAACUCUGUCUAAAAUAAAGUGUAAGUGCAAUAAAUGUGCUUUUUUUAUUCAAAGCUGUGAACCUUUAGGAAAAAAAGAAAAAAAAAAAAAACACAAAAAAAAAGUAAACCAAAAAAAAAAAAGCACAUUGUUCUUUCAUGAGCCUUGUGUCCUACCUGCCUCCCCUUCCUCCCCUUCUCCACACUUCUCAACUGACAGAAACCUGACAGUGGCCAACUUGCAUGUGUUGGCAACCCAAGUUAACAUUGCUGUUCUGAUCUCAGUGUUGGGAUUGAGGAAAGUCCUGCCCCCUACUUCUUUUCUGCUCUUGAAAUUUUCUUGGGCUCCAGUACUGCCCUGUGCCUCUAGAGCAGGGUCUGCCACUCCCUGAGAUGCACGAGCCAGCCCAUCUGCUCUGUGACCAUCCUGACUCUAAGUGCAGAGCUCCUCCUGGCCCUCCAUUCUCCAGGUGGAACCCUCCUCCCCCCCCCCCCCCCCCCCCUUGUGGGUAUAGUGAAGGCCCUCCUGGGCUGGGCAGUGACAUUAUUCUUGAGCAAUUGCAAAAUGAAUCAGCCUUCAGCUGCCUGAUGAGAUCCCUUUUCCCUGCCCUAACACACACAUGCAGGCUGGCCACUGUUGCCUUCUGUGACUCUGCUUGUUUUGCAGGAGCAGGUGUCGGUGUGUGUAACCUGUUGUGCAUUACUUGCACUGUCUCUCUUUCUUACUUGAGCACAGGCUGCUUUUCCUAGAUUAGGAAAGGGGCACAGGUCUCCUGGGCUUCCCAGGAGAGCACCAUGCAUGGAGCAGUGACGGAAGGGGUAGCACUCACUAGUUGGACCCUCUGGGGGAGUAAGAGAGGACUGGCUUGUUUAAAGUUUAUAGAUACCCAGAUCUAUAUCCUUUAAACUUUAUUAUUUUUAUAUAUAGUCAAGACAAUGGCAUUACCUCAUAAUACAGAGGCUUGUUUAUGAGAGGCAAAGUACAUAGUAAGGAGAGGAAAGGGAAAUUUAUAUACAGAUUUGAUUUGUUUGUUUGUUCCUUAGUGCAAUGAAAUUUAUGUCCCACCACUCUGUGCUAACACAUUCCUUUCAGCUGUAUUUUUUUUUCUGACCACCAGAGGUUUGCAAGGGGCUUAUGACUGCAAAGUAAAAGGUCCAGUCUGGUUACUUAAAAAAAAACCAACCCAUUGUGUUAGUAGAUUUCCAUAGCUGCUUUUUAAAAUCUACAAUGGAGUAAUUGUUUUGAAACUUGUAUUUAUUUUUUAAUUCAUAACAAAAUGUUUAUUUUUGCUUUCCUGUUAGGUAGGUCAUGGCAACUCCCCUUUGUUCCUUCUCGAGUUUCCUCUGUAAUUGCCAAUACAACUUACUUUUCUUGUUUGUUCCUUCUCCCUUUACUUUUGUUGUCCCUUCAUUUGUACUUCGGAGUUUUUCUCAUGUAAAUUUGUACAAUGGGAAAUAUUGUCCAGUUUGGUUAGAGAGCAUGGAGACUUAAAACAUAUUAAAAUUUGAUAGCUGAAUUCAGAUUGAAGAAAACUAUUUCAGUGUAAAGUUAUUUAAAGAACUCUGUAUUAUAUGAAAGGUAAAAAGUUCUAUGUACUUGAUGUGAAUAUGAGAAUACUGCUAUAAUAAAGAUUGACUGCAUGGAAAAGUCUGAA